GGCUCUCGAACACGGAAACGACAUCGAGACGAUCGACCGGAGGAAGGGGAUGUGUACGCAUCCACCCUGAAACGGUUAUUUGACGCACAGAAACGCCACCCUGAUGCCAGUCCCAUGCCGUCAAGCCAGAGCUUGCCGACUCCUAGUGCAGGGCAUGGGACCCCACAAAGAAGCACACUACAUUCUUUUUGGAAGCUCCCAAGCGAGCCUUCACGACGAGAUCUAGACGCAAUGGACGUGGACGACGGAGCGCAACGCCUGGUGCUCGAAUCUUUGCGUUGCGAGGAUUGUGACAGGCGGUUGAUGGAUGAUGAAGGCGGACUUAUUGUAGAAAGCAUGAUUGAGCAAGAGACGGCUUGUGUGUGUUGUCGAAGACGAGUGUGCGAUACGUGCUCUGUCUCGGGCGAUCGGCGGAUAUGCUUGGGUUGUGCAAGUACA